CGGUUCGUAUUUUCCCCGCGCGCGAAGCUUCGUGGAAGCUUCACUCACCCCCAUUCCCGCGCUCGCGCGCCACCUUAUAAUUCUCGUCGUCUCCGUCUUUCCUUUCAUUCAAUUCCCCCACCACCAAGCUUCAAUUCAUUCCUCCUCCUUUCGCGGAACCACCAUAGACACGUACGUGCGCGCGGCCGGCCAUGAAGCUCACGCAUUUCUUCGGCUCCGGAUCUGCUGCCAAGGAGAGCGGCGGCAGCGGCAAGGGGGGGAAGAAGAAGACGAGGAGCGGCGCCGCCGGGAAGAGCAGCUCCUUCGGCUCCACGGCGUCUUCGUCCUCGUCCGACGACGUCCACUCCGCCGUCACCACGCCGAGAACCGUCCUCCCGCCGGCAUCGGCAGCGGCAUCAUCUUCUUCUUCGGCUCCGGCGACCAAGAUGGUGGCCGCGCCCGUGACGCGGGGGGAGCUGGAGGUGGCGCUGCGGCGGGUGGUGGCGACGGAGGAGGAGCUGGCGGCGGCGCUCGCCGAGGACCCGGCGGACCAGAUCGCGCUGGCGCUGGCGGAGGUCACGGCGGCGGCGGCGGACGAGGGCGAGCUGCGGGAGGCGUUCGCGGUGUUCGACGCGGACGGGGACGGGCGGAUCUCCGCGGAGGAGCUCGGCGCCGUGCUGGCGGCGCUCGGCGACGAGCACCGCUGCUCCGCCGAGGACUGCCGCCGCAUGAUCGGCGGAGUCGACGCCGACGGCGACGGGUUCGUCUGCUUCGACGAGUUCUCGCGCAUGAUGACCACCGCCAUGCACCACGCGCCGUGAAUGAAUGGAUCCUCUUCGUUCGUUCAUUGCAUGCAUGCCCCCGAGCUGUAAUUCGUUCUGUUUUUGUUGUGUUUGUGACUUGUGAGUGAAUCGAUUAGGUUGUUCUUUGGUUUGCGAUCGAUGUCGUGAUUGUAUUGAUGGUGACGAACUCGAUCACGCGUGGUGUAUUGAAUCCGUCUGUAGAUCGACUUCAAGGCCAAUAUAUCGUGCGUGCCGGAAUGGAGUAUAUUGGCCUUUUAUACCCUCUGCACACUUUCGGUUUUGAUUUUUAAUACUCCCUCUGUCACUUA